AUCUUCACUGCAUGUUUUGCUGCUACAUGAAGUACCUCUGAUAUUCUAGUCACUUUCGAUCCAUUUCCACAUUUUUUGGACAACUUAUCAAAGAGUUUAGGGUAGUAAUGAUUUAAUUCGCUUUAAUUCUAAAUGCCCUUCUAACAGCAGUCGGGGAAAGUUGUUGGGGGCACUAUUUUCGUCUUUUUAAUUAAACAAAAAAGCUAAUGCAUACAUAUUGACAACAGUAAAUAUCUUUUUUGUUUAAAGAUGGACAAGUUUGUGGUUCGCCUUCCCAAAGGCGAAUCGCCUAAACAGUCGAAGAGCAAGGGAAAGGUUUACAAACAAGCUACAAUUGAAUCCCUAAGGAGGGUGGUCGUGAUCGAGGACAUCAUGCGCUACAAGUCCAUGCUGGAGCUGCCAGACCAGAGCAAAGACAACCUGCUGAGUGCCCUGACAGAGCUGGGCAAGAAGAUCCCAUCCAGGGAGGUGCUCAAGUCCACAAAGAUAGGUCACAUCAUCAACAAAAUGCGAAAGCAUCUGGAUCCUGAGGUGAGCUCAAUGGCAGCGAAGGUUUACACCGACUGGAGGACGUUCAUUGAGGAGAAUUCAAAUAAGCCUUCUAUUGAAGUGCGCUCUGACAAACAAUCCGAAGGACUCAGGAGCAACGCAAGAAGAUUGCUGUCUGAAUCACUGGAGGUCAAGGAGGAUUCGGGGCUUAUAGACAACAUCGAGAGAGAAGUGUUUCACCAGAGCUCUCGGUUAGUCAGUAGUUCGUACAGAAGGACAGUCAGAGCGCUGGUAUUUGCCUUCAAACACAACUCUGACAUCAGAACUCAGGUGAAGGACAGCAAAAUGUCAGUCAGCCAGCUGGUUUCUAAAUAUAAAAAAUAACAUAGGAGAAAUUAAUCUGAGGCUGAAGAUGCAUUUUAAGUUUGUGAAUGUUUUUAAUGCACAUUUUUCUAUCAUUGUGUUUUUUUAAUAUACAUUUUUUUUAAAUUUUGGUGUGGAAGGUACAGAAACGUUUACAUUUUGUGGCACAUCAGUAGCCUUAAACAUUUUUUUCCCCAUUACAUGUAUUUAUGAUAGAUUCAUGAUGAUGAUGAUGAUGAUGAUGAUGAAAUGUUUUUUUUUUUCUUUACAUUAUUUGUCCGUAGGAGCUUAGUUUUUAUAUUGCUAUUGAACCAUUUUGUACAAAACAUGAUAUAAAUAUGACAAAUUCA